AUGGUUCGGAAGGGAGCUAUUAUCGACAAGUCGGAUCAGUUGUGUGCAUUAGUCAUGUGCGCCGAGCCACAUUCCUGCUCGGCUGUUCACCAUCACGGUGAGCAGGAUACUAUCGUUUAUGCCGCAAAGGGCCAUGGUUCCAUUGUAUUCGAUGGAGGAAAGCAGCGCAAAGACCUCUCCCCAGGUGACUUUGCUAUCAUUCCUGCUCACACUGAGCACCAGGAGAUGAACCAAUCAGACCAGGAUGUCGAAUGGGUUAUCACUAGAGCAGGAAGAAAGCCGAUCACGGUGAACCUGGAAGGUUGGUCUAAUCCCUCUAGCUGA